AUGUCUGAAUAUAUGGAAGAUAAUGAACAAUUAAGAGAGGAAGUUCCAGAAGAAGAAUUCAUUAAUGCUAAUGAAGUUGGUGAAGAAAUCUUGGAUGACGGAAGAAUUCCUGAAGAUGAAGGGGAUGAAGAUAUGGAUUUAGAUGAUGAUGAGCAAAUAAUCAUUGAUUUAGCUAAUAAUUCAUGGACUUACUUCGACCAACAUAAAGAUUCAGUUUUCGUUAUUUUCAAACAUCCUACCUUACCAAUGGUAGUAACUGGAGGAGGUGAUAACACUGCAUACUUAUGGACUACUCAUUCUCAACCUCCAAGAUUUGUAGGGGAACUUUCAGGUCAUCAAGAAUCAGUUAUUGCUGGAAGUUUUACUGCCGAUGGUAACUUCGUUAUUACUGCUGAUAUGAAUGGAUUCAUUCAAGUUCAUAAAUCAAGUAAAGGAGGUCAAAGAUGGAUCAAAUUCGGAGAAUUAAAUGAAGUUGAAGAAGUAUUAUGGGUUAAAGCUCAUCCAAGAUUACCAAUUUUUGCCUUCGGUGCUAAUGAUGGAUCAGUUUGGUGUUAUCAAAUUGAUAACGAUAGUAAAAGUUUAGUUCAAUUAAUGUCAGGAUUCUCCCAUUCUUUAGAAUGUAAUAAUGGUUUAUUUAUUGAUAUUGAUAAUGAUGAUACUUUACCUUUAGUCACUAUUUCUGAAGAUGGUACUAUUGUUAAUUGGAAUGCUUAUAGUGGAGAAGUAAAUUAUAAAUUACAACCUCAUGAUGAUUUCAAAGGAACUGAAAGUCCUUGGGUUACUAUAAGUAUUUCAAAAAAUAGAAUUGCUGUUGGUGCUAGAGAUGGUCAAUUGGCUAUUAUUAAUAAUGAUUCAGGUAAAUUAGUCCAUUCUGUUAAAACUUUGGAUAAUGUUGAUGAUAUCGCUGAUUUAUCAAUUGAAGCUCUUUCAUGGUGUGAAAAUCCUGCUAUAAAUUUAUUAGCUGUUGGAUUGGUCGCUGGUGAUUUACUUUUAUUCGAUACUAAUCAAUGGAGAUUAAGAAAUAAAAUCAAAUUAGAAGAUACCAUAACAAAAUUAGAAUUCAUUGAUGAUACACCACUUUUAGUUGGUUCAAAUAUGAAUGGUAAAAUUUAUAAAUGGGAUGCUAGAACUAUGAAUGAAGUAUUUGUGGGGGUUGGUCAUAAUAUGGGUGUUUUAGAUUUCACAAUUUUAGAUAAUGGUAAAAAAUUAGUUACCGCUGGUGAUGAAGGUGUUUCAUUAAUCUUCAAUACCGAAUAA